GAAUCAGCUGCGGAAAGCGCUUUGACACGCGGAUUGAGUGACAACAGGAGGUCAAGCUCUCCUGCGAAGUUGUUCAGCGGGUGUAAAGUUACGAGCGGAGAGGACACACCUCUAGAGGGAGUUCCCGGGGAGGUUGGAAACAAGGAGCUCUGAUCACUUCUACUGCAGAAAAAGCCAGGAGUCCUUUCACUUGGAGCGAGCGGUCGUCCGAGCCUGUGGCUGUGCGUCUUUCCAGCAGCAGUAGCCGUGCCACGAGAGGAAAAUGCCCGGGAUGGGCAACUCUUUACGCGCGGCUGCCCUCCUGGCUUUCGUGGUUCUUUCUAUUCUGGUGUCACUCUUAAUUAGCAGCGUGCAGCAGUUUGGAGCGAGAAUAUCUCACUUUUCCAAUGCAACUGUCGGUGGUGAUGAGGGGGAGUUUGCGUCGCUCCGCGGGGCGUUGAUUUUCCAACUGAACGAGAGGCGCAAAGAAAUUAUUCCGCUACUAUUACCUGAUGAUGAUGAUCACGAUGAAACCAGGCUAUCAGUAGAAAGUCGACAUUUGGAUUACACUCUGUGGAAAGAUAUCACGCAUGGCACCAGGAAAGCGCAUAUGGAUGAAAUGGAUUGCGAUUCUCUGGUGGACAUGCAGGCGGUGGAGAUCCUCGGGUCUGGAUACACCAAACUGGUUGUCAAAGUGAAUCUAGCCGGAGGUCAGCCCGUGGCGUUAAAACUCGUGAAUGAGCAGGGGAUAGACAUGGGGAAGUGUGUGGAGGAUUUUAAAGACCCCCAAGGCUGCCGUGAACUCGUUUCUUAUAAAUUGAAGAAAGAAAUUGUCCUGUUGCAGAGGCUGCAGCAUCCGAACGUCAUAAAGCUCAAAGGUCACUGUGCAGGAGAUCCAGGAGGAAGAGGAGGAGAGGGAGGAAGAUUCACAGUCAUCCUGGAGCAGGGGAAUCCUCUCCAGAUGAUCCAGCUGCUCCAGAGUCCCUGGGAGGACAGAUUCAGGGAGAGAUGA